AUGGUCAGGAGUCCUUUGGCGGAUAGCCCAUUCGAGAACUCCCAUUUCAGCGGUAUCUUCCUCGCCUGGUGUCUAACCGCACUCGUUCUUUCCGUUUUCUUCCUCGGAUAUUUCAACAGAGCAGUGGCCUCACUCGUCUCCCUCUUGCUCCGAUCCUAUCUUUGGAACGUCUACGGCAUCUACAUCGACAUUAAAGCCCUUCAGGUCUCCUUGCUAGCCGGGCGCAUAUUCAUCAAAGGCCUUCGAUACCAUGGAAACAACGAGACUAUUUUCGUACACGAUGCAUAUAUCACAUGGUCAUACUGGCAAUGGAGAGUCCGAGAUGCGGAUAUCGAAACAUCGAGGGGUGGACCCCGGGAUCAUGCCCAAGGCCAAAAAAAUGGCAAGAACGCGAAGCUGCCAUGCCGGGUGAACGUUGUCAUGUCUGGGCUCGAGUGGUUCAUUUAUAACCGCAGCGCCGCCUACGACACCAUUUUGGCUGGAUUGGUUGAUGAUGAAGCCUCUACAACUCCUGUGUCAAAGGAAGAGGAACCUGCCAAGCUGAGGAGACGCGCUGACAGGACCUCGAACGCACCUGCUCGAGACGCCUCGCCGCAGAAACCUAUCAACCGAGUUGAGUCAGGAGAGAGUAGUAUGAAUGGCUAUGGAAAGCCCAAGGCAACCUUUCAGUCCUCUGGCUCAGACGAGGACAACACAGCCUACUCAGAAACGGGCUCAAAAGACGAGCUUCCAUUGUUGCUUCAAUUCUAUCCCAUCAACCUGCAAUGUAACAAAGCGGCCGUGGUCAUGGGAAACGAAAACACGCAAGCCAUCAUGAUUGUCAACGCCAAGGGGUUCUCUGGUGAGAUCGACGCAAGUGCGACAGAUACGCCUGACCCGUACCGCCAAAUCUACAAAAUCAAAUUGGAUUGUCCCGUCAUUGAAAUGAGGGAUAACCUGGAUUACAAAGAGGAUCAAGUCGAUAGAGCAGUCCGAGAGAAACAAGUGGCAAAAGACUCUGCUCCGCUGCCCAGGCGGUCGCUCUUCCGACGUUACCGACGUAAAGCCUUGUCUCACCUACGGGAUCUGGUCCCUUUUUGGAGAUCAUCUGUCGAGUCGUUUUCUCCGGGGGAACGCACUCCUAUUGCUACGGCUGACAGGCAAAUACCCGGGUCCAGUCAUUGGCAAGGUCUUUCGAGGUACCUAGACGACCUCGAGCGAAAUGAACAACUGCGGUGGGCUGGUGUGGAAUAUGCGGCUGUUAAUACAAUCAUGGAUACACCGGAAGCAACCGUCACAAUCUACUGGGACACACCGACCCUAGUCGCACCUCGGCGGCCCGGUACUGUUGAGAAGGCAACAAGAUCGGAUGAAGGUACAAAUAUCAAUGGUGAUGAUCCGCCUGCCUGGGGCAUUAACUUGUCAAUCAAGGGUGGCUUCGUUAAUUACGGGCCAUGGGCGGAUCGUCACCGCGCAGAGCUGCAACGAGUGUUCUUCCCAGGGCUUUGCAAGGACUCCCACCCAGCGGAGAAACUUUCGAUAGGAGCUAGCAGGGUUCCGACUCAAUUCAAGUUGUACGUCGAGCUCGAUGACGAUGUGACACUUCGAGUGCCGAUCCGGGAAGAGUCGAAGAAUUGGAGAUUCAGAGGCCAAGAACCUCCAAUGAGGACCGAUAAGGACCGCGACAAACGCAACACACGAAAUCGGCUCAAGCAGUCUGAUCAGGGCGCCACGGGUGGUUUCGAACGUCAGUACGGAUGGCUUGAUGUUAAGAUCGCAGGAAACGCCACAGUGUCCUACUCAAUGGACAUGGUUGCGAGUACCCAUGGGUUUUCCAGUUCACUUGACCUCGAUUUCCCAAAGACCGAGAUUACAAGCAGCAUCAACCAUGAGCUUCUAUGGAGGUCCGGCAAGCAGCGCAUCUCCUGUGAUCUGUCGACGCCCCUCAAGUGGAACGCCCUUCGUCAAUGGCGGUUUGAUGUGACGACCGACGCUCUUGAGUUGUUCAUUCUAAGAGACCACAUCUUCCUCUUGACUGAUCUUAUCAAUGACUGGUCUAGCGGACCUCCUGCUGAAUACCUUGUCUUCACACCUUUCAAGUACUUUCUCGACCUGCAUUUCUCGAAUCUCAAACUUUACCUGAACGUGAAUGACGGCAAUAUUAUCAACAAGCCGACAGACCCCGAGGACAAUGCGUAUAUCAUCGUCACGAGCCCUCUUCUUGAGUCCAGUACGUGCAUUUCACUUGAUAAAUACCGGCCGUCUAAGAGCAUGAUCCCCUUCGACGUUCGCGCAGACGAGGCCUUCAUCAGCUUGCAUGUUCCGCCCUGGAAUACACAGGCGAGCUUUGUCAAAUCGAUGGCAGUCGGCCAUUUAGAAAAUCUAGUGGUCGAUGGCCAGUACCAUUAUAACGCUGGAACCUCGCCAGCAUUGACAGACACGCUCGUCGUCAAUGUGAAUGGCCAGUCUCCCGUCCUCCACCUCUACGGAUUCCUCAUCAGGUAUGUCAUGAAACUGAAGGACAAUUACUUCGGCGAUGACAUGCAUUUCAAGACGCUGGAAGAGUACCAAGAGAUGCUUGAUGUGAAAGAGAAGAACCCCGAGGCAGAGCUCCCUGUGAAGGCGCCGUACAAGAAGUCGAAUGACAUGGAUGUGAUGCUCAGCGUCAGACUCGAUGACCCUAAGAUCUUCUUGCCUGCCAAUCUGUAUUCUUCGGAAAACAAUGUGCAGAUCGACGGUACGCAUCUGUCCGCAGAUUUGCGAUUCACGAACUACUACAUGGAUUUGGACUUGGUUAUCAGUCCACUCCACUUAUCUUUGGGACAUGGUGAAAGCGGCCAAGAGACCCCUCUCAGUGCGACGACGACCACUCAGCUCUUCAUUGACGGAAUCAAUAUCUAUGGACACCGUGUAUUUGGGUUACCGCCGACAGAACCAACGUAUCUUUGCAACUGGGACCUUGGCAUCGGUGCCAUUACUGGAGAGUGCACCGCUGACUUCCUCACUGCUCUUAUGAGAGGCGGCAAAGCUUUCGUCCUAAGCUUUGAUGACGACGAGAAUGCGUUGGUACCCAGCUCUUCAAUCGUCUUGUACGACGUCACAUUCUUGCGCGUUUCGGUUCUAUCUGUCCGGCUUUGGCUUCACGUUGAUGAAGCCGCCUUCCUCUUCUCGACUGGCACGAUCGACGUCAAUUUUAAUGACUGGGCAGGAUCGCACUAUUCCAAGCGAGCCAAUGUCAAGAUACCAGAUUUACAGCUGUCUUGCGUGAAUGCAGAGUCUGCGUCGAGGCAAAGGUCCAGGUCUUAUGACACAGUCGAGACAAACCUUCUAGUUCGAACCAGCAUACACCUGGCAAGCAUCGGACGGAAGUUUGACUUCUCGCAUGAGUGCAGGCUGCAGCAAGAGCUCAUAAGGCGUGAGGAUCAGAGAACCUUGCGAACGCCGUUCCUCCUCUUACCGGGUCGACUUGGCGAUUCCACCCCAGAACCAGUCGACCCAGUAGCCCAGCCUGUACCACCAGUACCGCAACCAGCGGCCGAGGGUGAUGUGCCAUACGACAAAGCAUCGAUGGUGUCCAGCGGUACAUCGCGACGCUUCGGAGGCCUCAAGCACAAAUCAUCAUUCCUGAGUGUAUCAAGUUCGAGUCAAAGCAGUAUCAUACGACCCUUGAGUUCUCGACAGUCUUCGCGCCACUCGAGGCUGCCGGAGGGGCUACGGCCUCUGACUGCAAUGGGACAGCAGAGCUUACACCGCCGAGACCCUUCAGCUUCUACCGGUCGUCACUCGGCCUUUUACAGUGCAUACGCAGAUAUUGGCGGAGACAGAAGGGACCAGGUUCACAACACGGUGGCAUUCUCUAGUCAAUACUUCGCACCAUACUUUCCUCUCGAGACAGUCCAGCCGGACAUCGCAGAGACGCUGGCGCCUAGCAUCGAAACAGAUGAAGAAACCGCUACCUCCCCCACGGCUUUCGACCUAGAGGAUGUUGAUUCAGAGAACAUGAAGGAGGACAGUGCAUACUCAAGUGUGAUGAUUGAAUUGCCCGUGGGGCUGACCGCUUUCCUUAACCCGAUUGCUGUCAAAAACAUAUCCUCGCUGAUAGCCGCGCUUCAACCUUCGGAUCCGCAAGACAUCCUCGACUCCUUGCAAAUCGAUGCAAUGGACGACAUUUUUGCCAAACAGAAGAAGAAGAAGAUGCAAGGAAAUAUCAAUGAUCUGAUGUUGAGGAUACCCAGCGCAAACCUCAGAUUCGUCAAUGCCUCUGAAAUGGACUCAUCGGAACCACCUCAAGAAGAGCAGGAUCAGUAUGAUGCCCACGUGAGCAACCUCGUGCUCACGACAAGGACCCAGAGCUCGUGGGAAGAUCCUUUCGACUUGACCAGCGUGCGGGAGAAGAGCUCGUUCCACGUGAGACUUGGUGUGCUCGAGCUAUCAGCAGCUGAGCGUCUCGCACUGCACCUUGAUACGCAUGCAGCAGUCAAGGCGCAAGUAGAGAAUGUCAUGGUGUCCAUGGGCACCAAAGACAUGACCUAUCUCGACGGAGAAGUCGGCAGUGUAAAAAGCAGCAUAUCGUCAGAGAAGAUCGAGUAUCUAGCAUCCCUCACUCAUCGAACGACCGCACUGGCUACUGAGCUGGAGAAAGUAUUCAAGCCAACACUAGCUCGCGAGGGUAGGCUCAUCAAGUAUUUGACUUACAAGCUUGUGACCGAAGGUCAAGAUGCUAUCGAUCCGAUUUUCUUGAUCCGACCAUCGGCUGUUCUACGGUCUGCGAAACAGCAUCUGCGGACCUUCGACUCGUGGAAGCUCAUCGCCCGGCUAAGACAGAUGUGGGCUGCCUUGAACCCCAAUAGCAGAGAGCGACUGGAGCUGGAUUGCCUGGGAUCAGCAUUCGAAUUCCCCGACGAUGCUCGACAGCAAGUCGUGAAUGCCUUCGAACGAUGGAGGAAUUGGGACCUGAGUAGUAUAAACCACUCGGAGCUCAUUCAAAACAUCUUCGGCAAGGAUGCCAGCAUGAGACCAGCAUCACCCAGCACAGAUUUGGCAUUCCUUGCAGUGAUGCGCCUUCGCGAUACACGAAUUAUACUGGAUCCUGGUCCGAAGCAGAAUGAAAUCGUUCUCACUGAUGUUACUGCCAGAUUCCAGGACAGGAAUCUUCCAGGCCCAGAAUCUGACCACGGAUCCUCUCCUAUCACAAUGCUCAACAUUUACUGCGGCGAAGCUGCGAUCAGACUUAAUUGGGACUUAUGCGAACUCGCUGAGGAUGUUCUGAGGCUUUUUACCCGGCUGCAGAAUCGCAAGGAAGCCCAAGCUGAAGAAGCCACCAAACCUCUGGCUAAGUCUAAUGGCAAGCCCCUUCAUGUGGUCAUGUCCAUUGGCCGUGGCGAGAUGGCAUUCGAUGCUAUCAACCUCAAUUCUGUAUCCCUUGCCAAUGGCAUGAAGGGGUCUAUGCUUGUUCGCCACGACUCCAAAGAUGUCACUGAUACAGACUUUGUUCUCAGCUGCGAAGCCUUCACGUCGCGCUUGCGCAGCCACACCCAAGUUAUCGGUAUUUUUCAGCUGCGGGAGCCGGCUGUUAUUGUCUCUCAUACAUUGCAAGCCACAGAGACGACCGAUUCUCACAUUAUCAAGGCCUCAGCAAGCAGCAAACAACUUUCGUUUGCUGUUCAGCAAGACCCGAUUGGUCUUUUAGAAGUCCUCGAUCUCUUGAUCAAGGAUGAAGCAGCGCAACUUUACCGGCUGAAGGGCCAUUUGCCAUCUUCUUCAUCCCCAAAGCCUAAGCAACUGCAACCAAAGAUCAAAGAGAGAUUGUCUUCGGUCAGAGUUAAUCUUGCUAUGUUCCUGGACGAGUACUAUAUCAGCAUUCCUCUGCUCCAGUCAUUGACGUACUGUGUGUCAGGCGUUGUAGCUCGCGCUGCGAUGGCCGCCAACUUUGGGAAGGAAAUCAUCUUUGAUUUCGAUAUCAAGGAGAACUCCCAUGAGAUGCAGAUCAGAGUGAACAACAAGCCGCGGUCUCUCUCGCUGCUUGAAAUACCCCCUACCAAUGGAAGAGUCACGAGUCUGAUGAGUGAGGGCGAGACCAGCAUCAGUACAUUUGCGUCAAUUGAGCUCAUCCAGUUGGAUGCGUCUGCGGUGUACAGCUUGCUCAGCGCCCUAAAUCGGCCCGAGAUCUCGAGCUCAGUUGAUGACAUACAAGAACAGGUGCAGCUCAUUCAAGUGCACGCUCGAGAGACCUUCAACAUUAGCCAGAGAUCUCCACAAGAUUACACUCCGGUUGACGCGCCAAAGAAACCUUUGGUGUAUAUCGCCAGUGUCACUUGUGAGGGCCUCGAAAUCUUUGGAAACUCGCCUUUGAAGUCAGAUGCGGAGCCGUUGGCACACAUCUUGUUCCGUCUUGCUGGCGUUCACUUACGAAUGGGAAAUCGCCCGGAGGCUCAUAGGCCAAUCUUGGAUUUCCCAGAAGUUCAUGUCAACUUACGGCAAAUUGAAAUGGGAAUAGGCAGGGGCGUAGAGGAUGACUUUCGAACCUGCGGAAGACUGGCUUUUGGGGCACUUAUCACGGCGACCUCCAAGGCAGCAGACGAUGGGUCCGAACAGAGGCAUUUCAAUGUUGCCACUGAUGGCUUUGAUGUGAUUCUCUCCCCGGAGACCAUCUCAACUGUUGUCGAUGUCCUCGGGUACAUGGGUGACAAGAUCAAGGACCUCGACACAUCCCGUGAGCUCGAACUGCUGCGGAAGCUGAGGCAGACCAAGCCCAAGAUCAAAAUUAACGACGAGGAAGAACAAGAAGAAACGGACUUCCUCGACUCCUUCCUGUCUACAAUCAGGUACAACUUUGAGAUUCGGAAAAUGCAGAUCUGCUGGCUCGUCCUUACCGGGAGUGAGGAGCCGGUGGAAGGCAAGGAGGACUUGGUUUUUACCUGGGACAAGAUCGAGCUGGGAACCCGUACAAGAAAUUCAGCCAGGCUCAUGAUCGAGAACUUCCAGGUCCAGACGGUCCCAAUUGGCCAGGACAAGAGACUACGGUCUGCUAAUUCAGCUCUGAUGCCUGAGGUGGUUUUUAAUGUGGCCUAUGUAUCCACAUCAAACACUCGCCGCAUGGCCUUUCAGGCUGUUGGCAAGUCUCUGAAUCUACGUCUCACUUCCGGAUUCGUCAUCCCUGUGUCGAACGUUGCUGACUCCAUCAACCUGUCCGUCAAAAACGUUCGCAAGGCUUCGCAGCAUUGGAAUCCGCCCAGGAGACCAAGCCAACCAGCAGCGUCAGCAGAGAAGCCAGCUGAGCCACGGAAGGCUUUGUUUGGGAACAAGAGAAUGGAAUCGUUCCUUGUCGAUGCGGACUUUGCUGGAGCCGUCGUCUACUUGGCGGCGAAGAGGGAGGCUGAUGACGCCUUCCGUUCAUCCAGGGCGACGCGUGCUGGUCUCGCCGGCAAGUAUGGGCAAUUCACUGCCGACGACACCGGUAGCAGUACAGUCAUGAAGUCCCCAGGUGUCGCCUUCAAGGUGGAGUACAGAGACCCGGGGAGUGGGAAUGAAGACCCCUCUCUGUAUGGCGAAAUCAAAAUCGACGCCUCAAGCAAUACAUUGUACCCGUCGUUUGUCCCUCUGGUAUUGGAUAUGACAUCAAGUAUCAAAGAGGUCCUCGCGAAUGACUCGGGUAAGACCGUCGAGCCACAGCAAGCCCUUGCUAAGACAAAGGCUGCCCAGGAGGACUACCUGCUUGAUCCUAGCGCCGUCAUCGGACGAUUGAAGCUCAACCUUGGCCUGCGCAUCUGCCGGCAGGAAUUUACAUUGAGUUGUCAGCCCAUCGCACGCGUGGCGGCGACCGCUGCCUUCGACGACAUGUAUUUCACAGUCAAUACUGUGGCUUCUGUUGACCAAGGGAACUUCUUUGCCAUGUCGGGAGCCAUUGCUAAUCUGCAUGCCUCUGUUCGCCAUGUGUACUCCCGGGAGGAAACAGGUCAAUUCAACGUGGAUUCGAUUGUCUUAUCCCUCAUGAACAGCAAGCAUGUCAGUGGUACCAGUGGCGUGUCUGCCAUACUCAAGUUCAGCCCUAUGGAGGUUUCCAUCAACGCGAAGCAGCUUCAGGACUUCCUGCUCUUCAGAGAGAUAUGGAUACCUCGCGACGUCCGCCAGACCUCGACAAAUCCAAUGGCUAAGCUCCAGACGGAGACGUCCCAAGGACCACAAGGGCAUCUGGUGCAGAGGUACCAGCAGGUGGCUGCGACUGCAGCUUUCCCCUGGACGGCUACGAUAUCCAUGUCUGCUCUCGUGAUCAAUGUCGAUCUUGGACAGGCAAUUGGAAAGUCCAAGUUUGCCAUCAAUGACUUCUGGGUUUCAUCCAAGAAAUCAUCUGACUGGGAGCAAAACCUCUGCUUGGGGUUUGGCAGAAUCGGGGUCGACAGUCAGGGCCGCAUGAGCGGUUUCGUGGCCAUGCAGGACUUCAAACUACGGACUGCGAUCCAGUGGCCCCAGAGAGAGCGGGCACUGAAUGAAACCCCCAUGAUUCAAGCCUCGGUCACGUUCAGCCAGUUCAGAGUUAAGGCUGCGUUUGAUUACCAGGCUUUCCUAGUCGCCGACAUCACGUCGAUGAAAUUCCUCAUGUACAAUGUCAGAAGGUCACAAGAGGGCACUGGCGACCGGCUCGUGGCCACCUUUGAUGGCGAGGCGGUACAAGUAUUCGGAACUACGACGUCUGCUGCUCAAGGAGUUGCUUUGUACCAAGCGUUUACCAAACUCGUAGCAGAGCGCAAAGCCAGCUUUCAAACAUCACUCAAGGAGAUUGAGAAGUUCAUGAAGCGGGGCUCAAUAGCUUCAAGCACUGCGACGAUCCAAAGGCCGUCCAUCUCGAAGGCCCAGGUCGAUGAGACAUUAGCGAAAGCUCCCAUCUCACUCGACACCUCCGUUGUGGUGACGCUCAAAGCGCUCAAUCUCGGAGUAUUCCCUCAAACCUUCUCCGACCACCAGGUCUUCAAGAUGGAGGCUCUCAACGCACAGGCUCGCUUCGCCGCCUCGAUCGACGACCGGCGCGUGCACAGUAUACUGGGUCUGACUCUGGGCCAGCUGCGGAUCGGGCUCGCGGGCGUGCGGACGAUCGAGGCGCCCAAGGCGCUGAGCGAGCUGACGGUCGAGGACGUGGCGGCGUCGGCGACGGGCUCUCGUGGCGGGACGAUCCUCAAGGUGCCCAAGGUCGAGGCUGUGAUGAAGACGUGGCAGAGUCCGCAGUCGAGGCACAUCGACUACAUCUUCAAGAGCGCGUUCGAGGGCAAGGUCGAGGUCGGGUGGAAUUACAGCCGCAUCUCGUACAUCCGCGGCAUGUGGGCCAAUCACACAAAGACCCUCAACCAGGCCUACGGUAGGGAGGUCAUAUUGCCCUCCGCCAUCAAGGUCACGGGCGUGCUGCCCGAGCCGCAGAAGCAGGCGGUGCCGCCGACGCAGGACGAGGGAGGAGGAGCCGGCCAGAGGAAGGACGGCGGCAGGGAGGAGGAGUCCGCGAAGAAACAGGGCCAGCAGGGCAAGAUCACGGCCGAGGUCGACCUCCCGCAGUCGAAAUACGAGUACAACGCGCUCGAGCCGCCCAUCAUCGAGACGCCGCAGCUGCGCGACAUGGGCGAGGCCACGCCGCCGCUCGAGUGGAUCGGCCUUCACCGCGACCGCCUGCCGAACCUGACGCACCAGAUUGUCAUUGUGAGCCUGCUGGAGCUCGCCGGGGAGGUGGAGGAUGCCUACAGCAGGAUCCUGGGGAGCUCGUGA